CAACUUUUCACUCCAACAACCUUUCCUCGUGUCUUCGCUUUUACCUCUUUCUUCCAGCUCAAUUCAAUCUCUGCGUGUAUGCCCCCCUUCGUCCCCCGCAAGCGUCUCUCCUCCGAGGAUCCGCCCGCUGCCAAACGUCAUCAUGCGACGCCCUCCAUCGCCGCCGUCGUCCCCGACACCGACUCCGAAUCUUCCCUAAGCGAUGUGCCAGAGGAGAUUGCUCAGGGAGACAAUGGAUCUGAAGAAAGCAGCGACUCCGAGGAGGUGGACUGGGAGGACGCCAUCGAGUCCAAUCCUGCUAGCGCCACCCCAAUGACGCCUUCCAUCCUCACGCGCGACCAGCACCAGGAUCUCGAGUUGACCCUAGACAAGAACGAGAUCCAUCUGUCCGACCUUCUCGAAGGCAAAAAAGCCCCGUCCAAGAUUGAACGCCAGAUCCGCAUCCAGACCCAUUGUUUGCAUGUGCAGUUUCUGCUUCAUCACAACGCCAUUCGCAAUGCCUGGGCCAACGACUCGCAGGUCCACGAGAUCCUCCGUCGCAAACUCUUCCCACCUAUUCGCGAGGAAGUGAAGAAAUGGCGCAUCGCAUCCGGACUCGAAAUACCAGAACCACCGCCCGCGAAAAAGUCGAAGAAAGGCAAAGGGAAACAGCGUCGCCAGUCUGACCGGGAUUGGGCUGAAGGCUCGUCGCGUAUGGAACCUGGGAAACCUGAUAUGAGCGGCGGAGAUCCUAUCAUCCUCCUCCUCAAAGUCCUGGUCGCCUACUGGAAGAGCCGGUUCAAGAUCACCGCUCCAGGCCUACGGAAACACGGGUACCGCCCCAUGGCGCAACUGGAGGCUCAGAUUACCUCCUUCCACAAGGACGACCACGACCCUGAGAAACACGGGGAGAGGAUCGCUGGUAUCGAAGAGUUCCGGCAGGCUGCAGAGAACAUGCAGGGCUCGCGAGAUGUAGGCGCCCAGCUGUUCACCGCGCUGCUGCGUGCUCUCGACAUUGAAGCCCGACUGGUCGCCAGUCUGCAGCCCCUGGGUUUCGGCUGGACCAAGUCCGAGACCUACACGACCAAAGCGCGCGCAGACACGGAGCCUACGACGGAGAAUGCAGAGACCGAAGACGCGGUUGAUUCCGAGUCCGACAGCAGUGAAGACGCCAACCCCCGCAGCAAGAAUCCCCGUGGAUACGACAAGGACCCGCCCUUCCCCAUCUACUGGACCGAGGUGGCCUCGCCCAUCACUCAUCAGAUCAUCCCCGUCGACCCGCUGGUCCUCCGCAACCCGGUAGCCACCACACCCGACCUACAGGCGGCCUUUGAGCCGCGCGGUGUCAAAGCUGAAAAAGCCAAGCAAGUCAUCUGCUACGUCAUCGCGUACUCCGCAGACAAGACCGCCAAAGAUGUCACCACGCGCUAUCUCCGACGCCGCACCUGGCCGGGGAAGACCAAGGGCUACCGAAUGCCCGUCGAGAAGAUCCCCGUACCAGGGCGCAAAGGCCAGUUCUACGAAAUCGACUGGUUCCGCGUGAUCUUUCGCGUCUACCAACGCGCCCCUUCCCAGCGCACCACCGUCGACGAGAUCGAAGACGCCAAGGACCUCCUCCCCAACCAGCCGGAACGCAAAGCCGCCAAAGAAGGCGACACCCUGCAAAGUCUACGCACAUCCACCGAGUUCGUCCUCGAACGCUUCCUCCGCCGCGAAGAAGCCCUCAAACCCGGCGCCCAGCACGUCCGCACCUUCACCACCGGCAAGGGCGCCAAAGCCAAAGAAGAAAAAGUCUUCCGACGCAAAGACGUCCUGAAAUGCCAAUCCGCCGAAAGCUGGCACAAAGAAGGCCGCCAAAUCAAACCCGGCGAACCCCCACUGAAACACGUCCCCAUCCGCGCCGUCACGCUCCUCCGCAAGCGCGAAGUCGAUGAAUUCGAGCGCGAAAACGGCCAAAAGCCCAAACAGGGACUCUACGCCAAACACCAAACCGAAUACAUCAUCCCACCCCCGAUCCGCGACGGCAUCAUCCCCAAAAACGACUACGGCAACAUCGACUGCUUCGUCCCGAGCAUGGUCCCGCGCGGCGCCGCCCACAUCCCCUGGCCCGGCACCGUCCGCGUCUGCAAGAAACUCGGCAUCGACUACGCCGAAGCCGUCACGGGCUUCGAGUUCGGUUCCAAAAUGGCCGUCCCCGUCAUCCAAGGCGUCGUCGUCGCCGCCGAGAACGAGGCCCUCGUGAAAGACGCCUGGCGUGCCGACGACGCCGAGAAACGGAAGCGCGAACAACGCAAAGCAGAAGCACGUAUUCUCCAAACCUGGCGGAAGUUUCUCUUCGGGUUGCGCAUUGCGCAGCGCGUCCGCGACGAGUACGGUGGUUCGGGCGAUCAGGAGCGCGAUCUCCAUAACCCGUUUACGAAUCGUCGGGACCGGUUGCCUACAUCUAUACCUACCCCUCACCCAUCGGAGCAUGAUACCGACUCUGCCCAUCCAGGCGGAGGCUUCCCCCGCCCCGACGAAGACGAGAAUCCUACCGACCACGGUGGUGGAUUUCUCCUCCCGGGCGAAGACAAUAACGACUCCGCAGACCAAGGCGGUGGAUUCCUUCUCCCUGGCGAGGGCGAUGCUGCUGAUAAUGGGGGCUUGAUCGUGGAUCACCACGAACAUAACCAUUCCCGUUAUUUGCAACCACAGCAGCCACCCGCAUCGCAAACUCGGACUGCGAAUACCGAGAUUGAGGAUUCAGACGAUGAUGGUCCCAUCUCAUUGAGUUCCGACUCGGAUGAUCUGUCUUCCCCGCCAAUCGAGAUCCCGGAUUCGGAUGGUUCAGAGCCGGAGUAUGAGCCGCCGAGGACGCGGAGACGGAGACGACGUGGUGGUAGGUAGUUGUCUUUUCAUUUGGAGUUUUGUGUUGGUUUUUAGAGUUGGUCACUAUGUCUGGUGUUGGUGGUAUGUAUGAGGUAUAGAAUGGAACUUGGUAAUGGUAAUGAUAAGGAGAUAAUUAGAUAUGAUGAUAGUAUUA